CAUUCCCAGCCUGGGGGCGCGCGCGGCUCCUUAAUGAGACUCGGGCCAAGGGCCGACCUCGCGAUUCCUCUCGCCCCUAUUUUAUGUUUGAUUUUUCCUUCCCAACGCCGGCUAGCGCUGGGACCCGAAUGGGGCCGGCCAGCUGCGAGCUGCGUUUCUCCAGGGUAGACGCCACCGCAGUCACUGAUGUCCCUUUUCAAAGGAUGCACGCUCCCCACCGGGCGCCGGAGGUGUUUUGCAGCCGCUCUGCCAGAGGCGCGGGUAGGGGGCACCCUACACCCAUCCCCAGAGUCCGCUGGGCACAGGCUGGAAAUCAGCCUCGCUGCUGUGCCCAGCUCCUCUCGGGCCGCGGGGGCUCUGGGACACAGCUUCGUGCGGGAUGGGUCCGGGGCGCAGCUGUGGGAGACCUAUUUAUUCCGCUGCUGGGGAAGGAAGAGGGAGAAGAGGAGGGGACAGUGCUUUCCUACAGGUUUACGGUGCGUAUCUCCAACAUCACAGUCAUUGUAGGUACAACAGUGAGCAAAACAAAACUAACUCUUGUCCUCAUGGAACCCCAGGUUCUUCCUGUACCUCUGAUAUGGAGCUAUCCUUCCUGGAUUGAAGCCGUCUGCCAAGUCAAUGGGCCUGAUGAUCAUCUGACUCUCCAAAUGCCAGAAUUUCCUCCUCCUUGCCUCAGGGAAGUGAAGGGCAGCCGAUAG